UACUGCACAUUUAGCAUCUCGUGUAGGUGCGCUCAGUGUCUCAGCCCUCAUUUGUUUGGUUGGGUUCUAGGGAAGCCCUUUGACACACAUGGCUCAGCCUCUGCCCAGGCCUUGCACAGGGCCACUGGCCCUGCCAUUGUUUCAGCUAUCACCAAGUAAAAAGAUAUUUAACUUAGCCCAUUUAGUCAUUUAGCCCAAAUAAAAGUUGUCUACCAUGCCCACCAGUCACAGUGAAGUCUGGUUUCCCAUAGACCAGAGGGAGGUAGUUAGCCUGGUUAGUCUGAAGGCAGUCAGAAAACAGUGUAGAUAUGUACCUUUAUAGACUAACUAAAUGAGAUAUACAUAGAGAGAAAGUACAAGCUUUCAUGAACCUAAGUUCACUUCAUCCCAAGCACACUUGCUAUUACCCACCAGCCUGAAUUAACAUAACAUCCCCUUUACUCUGGUAUUGAAUACCUCAUAGUCUUUAAAAUAUUUCUUUUCACAGUAUUACAGGCACAGUAAGGUUAAAUGAUAUUCCCAGGGUCACAGAAGAAAUCUAUGAUGCAAUCAAAAGCUGGAGCUCUCUCUCCAAAAUCCUGUGCCAAUGCUUUAAACACUGACUCAGCCCUCCGCUCUAAAAGUAGUAUAACAAGAUGCAAUUCACAUAGGAAAUAUGUUUACAGCAUGUGGAUACAUUCAGUUUCACCAACUUCUGCGUUUCUGCGUCUUAUUUCUCUACUCUGACAAAUCCUAAAUUUCUCCAGAAAAUAGCAUCCUUGCAUAAACAAUCAUGCCCACAGGUAACAGGAAGCAGGUACUUCAACAUAAAGCUUAUUCCCAUUGUCAGACAAUGGUUGUUUCCUAAAUAAACAUGUGGUUUCCCUGAGGCUCUAGGUCAUUGCCAGUUGCACUUUUUUUUUCAUUGGUAAGAACAGAUGACGCUUCAUGGUAUAUAAGUGCAUAAAAGACACGGGAGCACAGAUAAGCAGAACUACCUAGCUGCGUGAUAGAAGAAAGGAAAAGGGUUGUUAAGCUGCUGCUAGCUAUGGCAUUUGGAGUGCUAAUAUAUAUUUUGCUAAAAGCAACAGUGGCAUUGAGUGAAGAGGCAGCUAUUACCAUUUCAUCACUCACCACAGAACUGUGGAAUAAUUGGACAAAAAAGGAUGCAGAAGCGCAUACAGGAGGAGCUGUAUUCCUGAAGCUUAUGCAAUCCUGUCUUGAAGAACAUCACAGUUAUUGUAUUAAUGGUCUCUGUGCUUUUCAUAAUGAACUCAAGAAACCCAUAUGCAAGUGCCUUGCAGGCUACAAUGGGGAGAGAUGUGAGCACUUAACAUUAAAUUCUUUUGCGCAUGAUUCUUAUGAACACUACAUUGCAGUGGGCAUUGGCGUUGGAAUGUUACUGAGUGGGAUUGCUGGCGUAAUCUACUGCUAUUUUAGAAAGAGAUGCAGGAAGUUAAAAUCACCUUACAAAGUCCGCAUUGGGGAGACAGCAUUGUGAGAGCCUGACAUGGGACCCUUCCUAAUUUGCCUGUAGAGGUUCUGAAUUGAAAGAACUACUGGUGCCAGCACAAUGCGAGCAUGUACCAGAGCCUGAAUGAUGACCUGAAACACUGGGAACUGAAUAUAGUUGAUAUGUCAGUGGAAUGUCUGCAGAGGUGCCUGGCGUCAUUCAUGUUGGAGAAUAACUCUGUUGCUUUAGUAAAGGUUGUUGGAUGAUAUGACUGAGUCAAAAUAUCUGAGAAACCCUCCUGCCCACCACUGCUCUGCUCCAGUUCACUUGUUAGUGGUGGAAGACUGUUUCUCUGAAUUGCUUUCAGCCAUUUCAAGUUCUCAUGGUUUGUCUCUGAAGGAAAAGCACAAUACAUCUCAAUGAUGGAGCAGCCUUCUAGGUAUCACACAUUGCUGAAGGGAAAAACCAAUCUGGCCAUCUUCUGUUUUCCCAGUAUUCUCUGGGCCAAAAGGAAAUGUCUGACACAACUACUGCAGAUGCUAGAUGCAAUAUGAUCUGUACUUCUGUUGCCACAGUGGACAAAAGCAUUAAAAGCUGUAGAAGGGAAAUGGAUAAUUCAUAAAAGAUAUCAUUUAAACUAAGGAAAAUAAAAAUAAUCCAGUUACGGAAAAAUAAUAUAAAAUAUCAGACUAUGAGAUAUCAGGGCAUUGUUGGUUCUGGUUUUGACAAAAAAAAAAAAGGAUCACUUAACUAUGUGGACAAUGUUUGACCUUCCCUUCCAUCCUGUAACAACUGACCAUAUUGCCAGGCUUGUCAGGUAGACCUCACCUUGCAUAGAGAUGUCUGACUGUGCUAGGCAUAGACUCCUGUUGCUGUGGAAAAUGGAAUUUCUUAUCAAAACUCACUAAUAUAGUUCUGCUCAGGGGAAAGAGACAUUUUGCUUCUUUCUCAUGGAAUGGAUAGAAUAUCAGCAUUAAAAAAGGAUAAAAUUGUGAAAGGGAAUGUACACUUCUCUGUACUACCCAAUGUAAUAUUACUCCUUUUCUUUGAUUCUUUUCCCUACCAGUAGGUUUAAGCCAUGUCUUCAGGCAAGGAGAUUUGUUCUUGAUCUAUGGGAAGAAAGUGAGUUCAGAAGACCAUGACAAUUAAGGGACUUUACAGCUUCUGAUUGAUCUUUGGAAUAUUGUUGGUGCUGAUAAUACUGAACAUUACUCAGAGUGGUUUUCAUUUCAGUUUCCUGGCUCACAGCUUUUAUUAGACCCUUCCAAGAAAAAAGAAUUAAAAUGCUCAAAUGUCCAUCAUGAUGUGCAAAGCCCUAUUUAGAUGCCUAAUAUUAAGUACACAGUUUUAAAACUGGGCUCACUCAUGUGUGUUCCCUUUAAGCAAGGGCUGCAAGCUACAGGGUUUUUUGUAACAUUACUGAGAGUGCUAAUACUAAGAAUGAGGUACAUAUGAAAGAAUCCAGUUUAACAGAAAUGAGCCUUUUGUCAUAAGUACUCCUAGAGAUAGAGCACCUGGCACAAAGGCUGCCUAUAGAUGUGCUAGUUUGCG